UUAAAAGUGAUGUAAACAAGUGGUUAAUACCACAUAAAAAACAUUGCAUUUAUAGCUAUUGACUGAUUGAUUGACUAUACAUAUCAAUUGGUGGUCAGUCAACCCGAAAUCAACGGUUAAUCAAAAAUCCCAUUGGUCUGGACAACAACUAACCCCUCGCCCCCGAUCCUUGACCUGACCAGCGGGACAGCGCGGCAGAGCCAGACAUGGAUCUGAUUACCGGCGAACUUAACCGAUACAAAUCGUUGGCCACAAAAUACGAACAGGACUGUCAACUGAUGCAUACGGAGGUCAACCUAUUGGACAAACUGGUUGUCGUACAGCAAAAGUGUCAGCAAUAUGUCGAUCAAGUGGUCAGAGAGUACGACUCGUUUGUGGCCAAACAUUGGCGUCUGUUGGGCAAUCAUCGGGAAGCCAAUCGCGAGUGGACACGAUUGAUGACCAAUAAGUUGGAAACGGAAAACAAUCAGUUACGGGUUGAACAGUUGCGUAACGAAUUGGUCAUCUGGCGUAAGGCCAACAACCGAUUCGCCGAUGAUAGCCGAAAAUCUGAUCACUCAUACAGUACGACAACUACGACGACCACCGAAACAAGUAAUACAAGAACUACUGGUUCCGUAGUAGUAAUGUUGGACAACAACAACAUUACCUGUAGUAGUAGUGAUCAGACAGAAAAGGAGGACACAGUUAUUACACCAUUGCUUGACUUAACCGAUGAUAAUGAUUGGCUGUCCAGUCAACCGAUGACAACGACUACGACCACAACUGCCAGUAAUAGUAAACAAUCGGUUAACAAAUCGGCGGCGACAACGACAACAAAAUCAACAUAUAAACCAACGAUCAUUACAAUACGUAAAAUGGCGCCAAAGCCACCACUUUUGCCGCCUCCACCACCGCCGACUAUUUCUGUCCAGUUAGAGGUUAUACCGAAAUCAGAACCAGGGUUUGACGCUGAAGAGACUGAUACGGCAUCGGAAACUGGUAGCCUAUCGGUGGUUACGCCAAUCAAGAGUACAGCAACAAACAACACCGAUAACAAUAAUAGCAACAAUAAUGGAUCGUUUAUGUUGUUCAGCGAAUAUUUGUCCCGUAGUAAAGGUCUCAGCCAUUUGGUCAACAAAAAUAGCGAAACAACAACAACGAUGGCGGCGUCAACUUCAGCCGCUGAUUCCGAUCAAUUGGACAUUAAACCAAUGGUUAACCAUACGGUUAAUAUUGAUCUCAAUUCUGAUUCCGAUGAAACUCGGUUUGAUGUCAAAGCUGGUGAUGGCGAUGAUGAUUAUGAUCCAGAUUUCGAUGGUGGCAAUGAUGAUAAUGAUUCCGACUUUGGUGUGGAUCCCGAUGACAGUAUAUUUAGUGAUGAUAUUAUUGAUUUGACACCACAUAAGAAAAAUGUCAAAAAGACUACUAAAAAGUCAAGGAAAAAAUUGAGGAAAUCUUCUAAUAAUAAUACUAAAUCUGUGUCCAGCAAUAGUACAGCCAGUAGUAGUACCAGUACUAGAGCGCAGUCAUCAGCUGAUAAACAGACAACCGGAGCCGUCAAUAACACACUAGCAAUACCACGGAAUACCAAUCGUAACGAAAAGAAAAUAUUUAACGAAAAUUUUGUCAAAAAUCAUACAAAACUUGUUUUCAAAGGAGGUGUCUAUAAUUGUCGAUGGAAAAAGUGUGGCUACAGUUCCCCACUGCGCACUAACGCUAUACGUCACGUCCUGACCCAUACUGGCCAAAAGCCAUUCAAAUGUCAACUGUGUCCGCAAUCGUUUAUCGACAAUCGCCAAUUGCGCCGACAUUUAAUCGUACAUAAUGUUACGAUAAUGAAAGAUUACGUAUCGGGCAGUAGUAGCGGCGUUCGCCGCGAACGAGGAACAGGAGAUAUUAUAUGUCCGGAGUGCGACAAAAGGUUUUGCGACCCGUGGAAUCUGACCAGACAUUUGCGCAAUAUUCACGGCCAGAAAAAGUUGGGCCAAUAUCGACAGGAGUACCGCAAACAAAAGUUGCUAUUGUUUGGCAAAUCGUCGCCAACCAAACAACAACAACAAUCGCCAGCAUCGGUGGGUGCAUUGAACACCGGUAGUAUUGGUGGCAGUAGUCUAGACAAUCUGGUGUGUCCAGAGUGUGGAAAGUCCUAUUUACGGGAGAAUCUACUCUAUCAACAUAUAGUGAAAUUGCACGGCACUGUCAAGGCUCGCAUAUUUCAGCAAAGUCUUCGACUACAAUUGAGAUACGAUAGCAAAGAGAGCGGUAAUAAUAGAUCCGGUGGUAGUGGUGGUGUCAAAGCUGUGAUAACACCGAAAAAAUCGUUGAAUCGCUCAAAAUUAAAGCUCAAAGCAAAACGAGGACAACUGUCUUCACGAAAGUUGGCCACAAAACAAUGGAAAUGUGAUUACUAUCGCUGUCAGCGUAGCUAUAAUAUGAAGUCAAAUCUGAAGAGACAUCAGAUGGAAAUACAUAAAAAACUAUCGAAACCAUUGUUUUUCAAUACUUGUCGUACGGAAACAUUGCUCAAGUAUUUUAUACCAAAAAAGACCACUACAACUGCCGAUGAUAGUGAUGACAAUGAUGACGAUGAUACCAACAAUGCCACCGAUGUUGUUGACAAUAAUACCAGUGCCAUAAUUGACAACAAAAAGGGAGGUCAAAGUGCUGCCGAUGAUGAUAACAAACUGUUUGUUUGUCAUUAUAAGGGCUGUACGAAUAGCUAUCAUUCAAUAUCUGGGUUAUAUAGACACAGACGGAUCAAACACAAUGUGACUACAAAAGCUAGUGCUAUCAAACAGAUGAAUGGACUGACCAAUACAAGUGCCGGUAGUGUCUCAACAACAACAAAGUCAAACAAACUAUUUGUUAAGUAUAAGGGAGCACUCAAUAGAAAGGUUAGCAAACCUACUGAUAAGUCUACUGAUGAUAGCGUUGGUCAACAAUAUCGUUGUCGAGUCGGCGACUGUCAGUUCCAAUCCGGCGGUCGGCGACCAUUGGUUGCCCAUUUUAAGACACACUUUCCCGAUGAUGACAAACCAUUUAAGUGUCUUAUCGAUGGCUGUACUAUCGUCUACCGUAAGCUCACACAACUGCAUGAACACAUACUUAACAAGCACUCGGAGCAACAGUUUUUCAAGGCCAUGGAAGCGGCCAACAUGUAUUACCCGUCAUGGUAUUGACAUAUUUCCACCCACCCUCAUCUCCCAUUCCCUCAUUUUUAUUUAAUAGGCACCCCAUUCCUCAAAUUUUUAAAGUACCAUUAGUUUAU